GCGACAACCGCUGCGAUCAAUCGCGCGACCUUCAAACGAACAACUAUCAGCGACAUCAUGUCGCAGUCGCUGGUCGCUGACUCUGGUCGCUGACGCUGGCGACCACGAAACGAACAGGGCCAUUAUCGAGCUGAAAUCAUCCCUUGUAUAAACAUGAUUAAAAAGUAAUUUUCAAAGUUAAAUGUAUUUUAAUUUUUUUUGGUUGUAUAUUUAUUUCUAAAGUUAAAGUAUGAUUAAUUUAUAAUUAUACAGUAAACAAUUGGCGACCAACAAUUUUUAUAGCUCAUAUUCAGUCUCAUUAUUGUGUGCACAUUGCUUUGAGACCGUCCAUUGAUACUCCAAUAAAAAACAAAACCUUUCCUGAUAUUGAUUAGCUAGUCUUACACAUUCUUAAUACGAUCUCAUGUGUAAACUGACGCUCCCGGUAAUGUGCCGGUCACGUCUCCAGUCUGAAAGUCACGUGUCAGUAACCCACGUCGUCCGCUCACCAACUCUGUCUCUUGGGUUUCUCUAUAUAUAACCCAAUCCAACUUCCUCUUCACACUCCUUUUAUUUAAAAUCUCACAAAACCAACAAGUUUUCCCAGCGAAAAAAAAAACAAUUUCGAACUUUUUUCCCUGGAAAAUUUUCCUACAACACAACCAAAUUAAAACUCAUUAAUCCUUGAAAAAAAAGUAAACCUCACAACAACUAUUAUUCAAUAUGGUUAUAGAUUCAGAAACCAGUGGUAGUCAUCACCGUAGACUCACUUUCGCCGCCUUCUUGAACACCGAUCUCUCCGCAGACGAAGAAGAAGAACAGAGCCAUGGUGCUGCUGAUGGUAUCAAUCCCAGUAGUACCAAGAACAAGAACAAUCAGCAACGUCAAAGCAAUGCGUCGACCACGAGCGGCGACUCAUCUCCAAAUCAGGUUCGGUCUCCAUGGAACCAGACUUACUCUCCGUACUACACCGACACGACAACUACACCGAUGAUGUCACCGUCUCCGUGGAACCAGACUUACUCACCUUACUACAAGUCUCCGUGGAUAUACCAGAGCCGAAACGUGGAUGAUGAUUCGGACAACGGUUUGAUCGGUACGAUCGUGAGACAAGAAGGUCAUGUCUACUCGUUAGCUGCUUCCGGAGAUCUUCUGUUCACUGGAUCCGAUUCCAAGAACAUUCGGGUCUGGAAAGAUCUCAAGGAUUUCGCCGGGUUUAAAUCAACAAGCGGUUUGGUUAAAGCGAUUGUGAUAACCGGAGAUAACCGGAUCUUCACCGGUCAUCAAGACGGUAAAAUCCGGGUUUGGAGAGGGUCUAAAAGACGAACCGGAGGUUACUCGCGAAUCGGAAGCUUACCGACUCUUAAAGAGUUUUUAACGAAGUCGGUGAAUCCCAAGAACUACGUCGAGGUUCGUCGCCGGAAAAACGUUCUUAAGAUCCGACACUACGACGCCGUUUCGUGUCUGAGCUUGAACGAAGAGCUCGGUUUACUCUACUCCGGUUCGUGGGACAAGACUCUCAAAGUCUGGAGACUCUCCGACUCUAAAUGUCUCGAAUCGAUUCAAGCUCACGACGACGCGAUCAACACCGUCGCCGCCGGGUUCGACGACUUGCUCUUCACCGGUUCCGCCGACGGGACUUUGAAAGUGUGGAAACGCGAGCUUCAAGGGAGAGGGACGAAGCAUUUUCUAGUUAACGUGCUGAUGAAGCAAGAGAGCGCCGUGACGGCGUUGGCGGUUAAUUUAACGGCGUUAGUUGUUUACUGUGGAUCUUCUGACGGUACAGUUAAUUUCUGGGAAGGGAAGAAAUAUCUUUCUCACGGCGGGACUCUCCGCGGCCACCGUCUGGCGGUGCUCUGCCUCGCCGCCGCCGGGAGUUUGGUGCUGAGCGGCGGAGCGGAUAAGAACAUUUGCGUGUGGAGGAGAAACGGCGAUGGGACACACUCGUGUCUCUCGGUGUUGAUGGACCACGUGGGACCUGUGAAGUGUUUGGCGGCGGUGGAAGAGGUGGAGGAAGACGGCGAGGGGAGAUGGAUAGUGUACAGUGGUAGCUUGGAUAAGUCGGUGAAGGUGUGGCGCGUGAAGGAGACGGCGUCUUCGGUGAUUGGCUGAGAUGGGUUGAGGAGGAGGAGAGUUACGCGCCGUCGUAGCGCGUGGAGAUACGGAGGAAUAAUCCGUGGGACAUGUGAUUCCUGCCUUAAUGGUCAAGGCAAGUUUUAUGGCCGGCAAAAUUAAGCAGAUCAUACUACCAAUAGCAAACUGCCACGUCAUGAAAGUAUCUAAAAGGUUCGGAAAGUUCCUAUAGUUUAUUUGAUCUUCAUUGUAACUGCACAUAUUUGAUUCAGAAAAUGGGGAAAACAAACCUUAUAUUAUUUCAUUCAUUGUAUUAAAAUCAUUUUGUUCAUAUACUAUAUAUUCCAUUCGUUUAAAACUGUUUAAAUUAAAAAUUAAUGUUUCCAAUGGUUAAAAAAUGGAAUUUUAGAUCUUCACUUCUAAUACGUACAGGGAUGUUAAAAUGGGCUUGUCCUACCUAUUUACGUCCAAACCCGUUUAAUUUUUGUGUCCAUAUAAAGUCCAUUUACUUAACAAUAUUAAACGGGCUUCGUCGGGUUUGUCCACAUGUGUCCAUUUAAUAAAUGGGUUUUGAUAAAAAUAACUGGACAGCCCAUUAAAUUCAUUUAAUUUUUUUUUCUCUUUUUCAACCUAAUCUAUCGUCGUUGUUCUUCCUCCUUCUUCACCUCCUUGGCUCUUUGCCUCCUUACGAAAGAUCAAACUGCUCCAAAUGAGUUUCUGAUUCGAAUCACGAAGCUUCUAGGGUUUUGAUUUGUCUUCUAGAGUCGUUGUUCUUCACCUCCGUGUCUCCUUGCCUCCUUUCAUCUAGUCACGAGAUUCUCGUGUCUGCUACUUCUUCUUCUUCACUCUCUCCAGCUCGUGUCUUCCUCGUAUCAUACAAUCAAGGUUCGUUUCAAACUGAUUUCAUAAGUGUUCUUUCAAUUAAUUUGUGGGUUUGUUUAAAAAUGGUUUGAUUUGUGAACAGGUUUCACGAACAUAUGCAAAGGAGUCUCAAAAAUUGCAACCAAAGCUGAGAUUAAAAGUGAGAUGGACUAUGAUACUGUGCACACAAUGGCGCUUCUUGAAGCUCAACGUGAAUACAUGGACAUGAAUGAUGAAGAUGUUGAAUUUGAUAUAGAUGAAGAAAUGGCAGAAACAGAAACAGAAGCAGAAGCAGAAGUUCAGUGUGAACCACAAGCCACUGCAUCAACACAAGCAGCGAAACCUCAACGUGCCAUUGAAGAUCUCUUUGAUGAAAAUGAAGAUGUUGGAAAGAAAGCAAGUAAUUAUGGAGUGGAGUCUUCAACAUCAAAAGAUUGAUAUGUUUGCU